CCAUGUUCAGACGUAUUUAAUUUAACGCUGUGGCGGUUUAUAUUUUAAGUAAAUAAUUUAUUUAUUAUAAGGAACUUUGGAUGUUAUUACAAAUUUUUUAAUUGAUAUAUUGGAGUACAUAUGUUUGUGUGGUGUAAAGAGUUUAUUAACUGUUUUGUAUUGGGGAUAUAAAGGACGUAAAAUGAGUUGGAAAAAUGUUUUUUCACACCAGUUUUCACCCGUAGUAAAAUGUACUGUAAUAGGAUGUCUUACGACUAUAAUUUCAUUGGUGCUAAUAACGAUGUCAAUUGUAUAUUUAUCUGGCGAAGAACACAAGAAGAUAGAACUUUUGCAAAAGAUACUUAAAUCGAGUAUGAACAAAACAUGGUUAGACUUCCUGACCGUAAUGACUAUAAUUGUCUCUUCUCUCUGGAUGAUAUUUUCAGGGUCCCUUAUUAUAGGAGUAUUGAAGAAUUACAUAGGAUUUGUGCUGAGUUACUUCGUGUAUGGGAUAUUUGUUGUGAUUGCGUUUAACCUUUGCGCUCUGUUAUUGUUGUUGCAUCAGCAUUGGAUUAUCGCUGUAACGGAGAUUAUUUUGUCACUGGUAUACAUCAGAGCCCUGGUCACAAUUUACAACGUUUACGAUUUAAUGCAACGAGGUAAAAUUAUUAAUAAUAAUAAACAGAAUUUAUUGGAAGACUCGAUUUAGAGAAGUUGCUCCCAAAAUCUAUUGCAUGUUAUUAUUAGAUAUAAUUAUUGAAUAUUGUACAAUAUAAUAUAGUAAAUAAGUGAUGUAUGUAGCAAAUAUUUUGUAAGUUCGAAUUUACCUAUAUAAUAAUUGCACUGCUAAUUUUCUGUGUCUGGACUGUAUCAUUAUUUAUAUAUAGUUAGUCUAUAUAGCUUCCUCUAUGUAUAAACCGCAUUGUCACGAUCAAACACGUACGCUUAAUGACUACUUAAUGAUAUUCUAGAGGUCCUCUGACAUGGAAAUAAAUUUCUUAUUCAAUAUUAAUUUAUAGCAAAUAGCAAUAGCAAAAUUACCGAAAAAACCGCGUAGAUAUAUGUAACUCAUGGUUUAUAAGGAGAAAGGUCAAAAAUAGGCUUUCCUGGAAAAAUAGCAAUUUAAAUUUCAAAUUAAAUUUCAAGUGAUUUCUUAUA